CGUGACGCUAUCCCUAUCAUAGGAAGAUACGCCUGCUUCGCUAGCGCUGUUAGCUUGUCGCGAUCGUUUGCUUUUCGUGGAAACAAUGAUGUCUGACAGUGUCGAAGACAGGGAAGGAGACAGACCGACAAGUACCGGCACCAAGGCCGGUAGCGCUAGCGGUACUGCGUCCAGUCAGAUGGCCAGCCACAAGGCAGUCAAGCACAGAGCUACUACUGGGUCGUUCAAACUCGUGGCUUCAAGAGAAUUGCAGCGUUUCAGCUCGGCGGAUUCUUCCAUCAAGUUGGCUGCAGAAAUAGAAGACCCGGAAUCAGCAGUCGAUUUCUUGAGGAGAGGAACGAGCAACCUGACACCGCUCAAGUUGAAGUUGUCCUCUUGUAGCGACGAGUGGAUGCUCGCUUUUUUGGACCACGGCGGUCUAGAACUCGUGUUCGCUUGUCUGGAGAACCUGGGGAAAAGAGGGUUUUCGAAGUUCUCGGUAGCCAUGGAUCAGUUGUUGUGUGUUGGAUGCAUCAAAGCGGUGAUGAACUCCAAGGUUGGUCUCGAUCACAUUGUUGACAGGACCGCAUAUGUGAGGACAUUGGCAGAAGCUGUUGACACAAAUAACAUCAUGGUCAAGAUGCAAGUAUUUGACUUACUUGCUGCUAUCAGUGUAUACUCAGAAGAUGGUUACAGGCUGGCACUCGAUGCUAUGAACAAUUACAAGAAAACCAAGGGGCAGUCGUAUCGUUUCAGUCUUCUAGUAAAUGAGUUGAGAAAUUCGGAAACAGACUCGUAUUCCGUAUCGUUGCUGGCUCUUAUUAAUUGCUUGGUCAGUGCUGCACCAAGCGUUCAAGAACGGAUCCAAAUCAGAAACGAAUUCGUAGGUUUGAAACUUCUUGAUGUCAUUACACGUAUGAGACAUACAGAAGACGAUGAUCUCAAUCUCCAACUUGACUUGUUUGAUGACUUACGGAGGCAAGAUGACGAAAGUUUAUGUCUACCCAGUGGCAUUGACUUGAACAAUCAAUUUGACAUGUUCAAUGCCCUAUUCUGGAAAGUGAGUGACACUCCUCGAGCAACCAAUUUGCUGCAUAUUCUUCAACAUCUUUAUCUUAUUGAUCACGAUGGCAGUCUUGGUGAUAGAAUAUGGGAGACUGUUGAUAAAGUUGUUCUUCAGGCGUCACUUGUUAUGACAGAAGACGAGGCUACAAGAGUCGCCCAGAGUACAUUGUCUCGGCUGAGAUCAUCAGUACAGUAUGAUUCUAUGGACACUAUACAGCUUUUGGAUGGAUCAAGUUUAUUAAGCAAUGUGGAAGGUUCAGUUCAAGACCCAUUAACUGUUUCUGUACCGUCGGCACCUGUGCCACCACCAUUGCCAUUGGAAUCGGGUUCAACUGAUGCUGAGGAAUUUUCUACUAGUCAAGCAGCUUCUUCAACUUUUAGUAUUUCUACCCCUUUGCCUCCACUACCACCACAGCCGCCGCCACUGCCGCCACUUCCUUUAGGACUAUCAGAAACUUCAUUUCCUCAACUUCUAGGACAGUCAGGAAUACCAACACCACCACCUCUUCCUACACAACCAGGCAUUCCACUACCCCCUCCACCACCACCAACUCCUUCAGGACACUCAGAAAUUCCAGUACCUCCACCUCUUCCAGGGCAGCCUGGCAUCCCACCACCACCGCCACUUUCUGGACAGCCAGGCAUCCCACCACCACCGCCACUUCCAGGACAACCAGGCAUCCCACCACCGCCGCCACCUCCUGGACAGCCAGGUAUCCCACCACCGCCGCCUCUUCCAGGACAGCCAGGUAUUCCACCACCUCCUCCUUUUCCUGGACUGUCGGGUGUUCCUCCACCUCCACCAUUUGUAGCACCUAGUGGUUCUGCUCCUCCACCACCUCCCGGAAUUGGUGGCCCUGUUUGUAUGACCGGUCCGGCCAUUGCGGCUUUUGCACCUGUCAAACGGAAGCCGUCCAAGAAAAUGAAGAAAUUCAAUUGGAACAAGCUGCCUGUAAAUCGCAUUCGAAAUGCAAAAUGCCAAACAGUGUGGGAAUGCGUUGAGCAAGUGCAGGCUCAAAAACAUCAGGGAACAAAGGUUAAGUACGAAGCAGUCGAGACGUUAUUUUGCCAACAGCAAGUUGUAAAGAAAGACAAGAAAAAAGAAAAGAAGAAAACGGAUACUGUGGUGAAUCUGCUUGACCCCAAAGCAAGCUUGAAUGUAAACAUCUUUAUUAGACAGUUCCGAAGAUCGAAUGAGGAGGUAGUUGAUAUUGUCAGGAGAGGUGACAUUACACAGAUGGACAUUGAUCAGUGCAAAGUAUUGAGCUCUCUAUUGUUGAACGACGACGAUAUGCAACCUCUUCUGGCUUACAAAGGUGACUUCAAAAAACUUGGAACUGCAGAACAAUUUUACGUUUUGUUAUGGAAAGUGCCCAGUUUGCGCCAGAGAGUGGAAUGUAUGAGAUUGCAGCACGAAUUUGUUCAAGGCUAUGACUACUUACGUCCGUCAAUUCUUAUGAUCAGAAAUGCUGCACAGGAAAUGCUGGAAAAUGAAGAGCUACGUGAAAUCUUGAGUAUUAUACUGGUAACAGGCAACUUUGUAAACAUGGGUGGCUAUGCUGGCAAUGCUGCUGGCUUCAAGUUGGAAUCACUGGCGAAACUGGACGACACGAAGGCGAACAAACCGAGAAUGACAUUGACACAUUAUAUUGUUGAGGUCGCCGAAGAGAAUUACGCGUACUUGUUGGACAUUGACCAGAGGAUGCCCCACUUACAAAAAUCUGCACGGUUGUCUCUCGACACAUUGCAAACCGACUUGAAUGCUUUGAAAAAGCAGUUAGCGACUGCACAGGAGUCUCUCGGAGCUGCUUCAAAAGACCUAGAGACACAAAUGAAAGACUUCAUGGAGAAAUCUCAAUCUCAACUUAGAGAACUUGCAGAACUAAUGGACGACGUGUUCACACUCAGCAACAAGCUGGCUGGUUUCUUCUGUGAAGACGAAAGUUCAUUCAAGUUGGAAAGCUUCACACAGGUAAUGAGCAACUUUAUUGCUCGAGUGAAGUCUGCUCACGAGGAAAAUGUGCAGCGGCGACUGAGAGAGGAACGCGAGGAAAGGCGGCGCAAACAAAAAGAAGAGGACGACAAGCUAAAGAAAGAGAAACGAGAUGCAAAGAAAUCGGCUGAGAAAUCGGCUGAGAAAUUGGAAAGCAAGUCGAAAGGAUUCUUGGACUCUUUGUUGUCUGGUAUCCGAGGAGGAAGCAAACUGAGACAACAGGCAUCUGUUGCCUCGGACGAAGAACCGCCGAAACAGAAGAGGAGACGGAGUUUCUUGAGAAAGAGUGAACUCAAGUCGCCCAGCUUGUUACUGUCGGCUGAAUCACCGAGACAAUUGAAGGUAAUGACCGAAUUUGAAUUUGACGGAAAAGAAGAGGAAGAUGGAAUAGUGAAUAACGACUUGAAAGGAUCUAAAGACAAGGUUGCUCAAUCGGUGGGCAAGCUUCUUCAGUCUCCUUCUAGUCCAACGAAAGUUGUUGUGACAACUGGAGACGUCGAGGAUAGACACGACAUAUUGGAUGUAUUGCAGAGUAGUAGUAGUGUAGAUUCGGGCGUAGAAGUGGAACAACUCGAAGAUGGGAUAGUCAUCUCAUUGAAAAGGGAUGUCCCACAGGCAUGGGCCGAGGAGGCACCAACUAAGACCAAUUGACUCACGCGAACCGUUUGUAUCUCUUUGCAUUUUGUGUAAACUUCGAUUGAGGUCGCAACAAAUUUCAAGUGGCUAUAUAUGUUAUGCAUGCAUUUGUGACCAAUUCUAGAAUUAUCUCUGAAAGAGUGUCACAGCACAGAUGUGAACUCAAAUGUGUCUGAUUCUUGAAUAUAUUGUGUACUUGGAAGGAUGUGACCUAACGAUCAGAAAUCUAGAAUUAUAUGAAAUUUGAGGAAAAUUGUAUUUGAAACAACAG